UUGCCCGGCGUCCCUCUCCUCUCCCCGCCUCCCUCUUCCCUGCCGGGCCGGGCCAUGCCUCCGGCCCGCCCCCGGCCCCGGGCGGGGCUUCCCCGUGCCCGGCCCCGGCCGUCCCGCCGCGGUCUCGCCUCCCCCCCGCUCUGGCCGUACUGGCGGUGGCGCUGCUGGGCGGGCAUCAGUGCCUGGUGCGGGGGCGGCAUCGCCGCCCUUCGGCUCCGCCUGGCCCGAGCCCGGCCCCGGACCCGACGCAGGGUCCAGUCCCGACCCCGGCCCCGGCCCCGGCCCCGGCCCCGGCUCCUCCCGGGGCCCGCGGAGGACACACGCGGCGCGGCCGCUCCCGCCGCCUCCGCUGCGGAUUCCCCGGCCCGAGCUCCGCCGCUCGGCAGCGCGGCCUCCGGCCCCGAGCCGCCGAGGCCCGGGGCGGGUGGGGAUGCCGGGCCCGGGGCGGGUGAGGGGCGCUCGGGGGCCGUUGCUGGCCCCGGGCCGAGCGCUGACAGCCGCGUCCCGCCCGCAGGGACGGCGCAGGAGGCCCUGCAGGAGCGGUACCGGCUGGGCUCGCUGCUGGGGCGCGGCGGCUUCGGCAGCGUCUUCGCGGCCACGCGGAUCUCGGACGGCGCCCCGGUGGCCAUCAAACGCGUGCCGCGGGAUCGCAUCCGGCACUGGGGCGAGCUGCCCGACGGGACCAGCGCACCCCUGGAGAUCGUGCUUCUGGCCAAGGUGUCCCGUGGCUGUGGCGGUGUCAUUCAGCUCCUGGAGUGGCUGGAGCUCCCCGACGGCUUCCUGCUGGUGCUGGAGCGUCCGGAGCGGUGCCAGGAGCUCUCGGGUUUCCUGGCGGAGCGAGGGUUCCUGCCGGAGGAGGAGGCGCGGAUGCUGUUCCGCCAGGUGCUGGAGGCCGUGCGGCACUGCACCAGCUGCGGGGUCCUGCACCGGGACAUUAAGCCCGAGAAUAUCCUGCUCGACCUGGCCAGCGGGCAGCUGAAACUGAUCGACUUUGGCUGUGGCGCCUUCCUCCAAGACACAGCCUACACCCAGUUUGCAGGUGAGCCCUCGCAGGGGGUGCUCCUGGGCAUCUCGUGGAACCCUGUCCUACAGCCCACAUGGGGAUCCAGCACCAACGCUACCACGGCGAGGCAGCCACGAUCUGUCCCUGGCCUCCUGCUGUGCCACCUGGUCAUGGGGAAGCACCCGUCAGGGGGCCAGGAGAUCAUCGGGGGGGAUCUUGUCCACGAUGGCUCUCUCAAGCGGGCUCUGCGGGUGCUGAGGCUGCUCUGGGCUCUGCCAGGGCUCUGCUGGGCUCAGCCCUGGGCCCAGCUGGGCUGGCUCUGCCCUCACAUUGCUCUGACAGCUUUGCAUCAGACGAGCCCGUUGCGAGCACAGCGCCUGAGCUUUCUGCUUUGGCAGAAGUGCCACGAGUGGGCCAAAGCUGGCAAGUGGGCCAUGCUCCUGAGGCAGUGCAGUCUGGACCUGGUGAAUGGAGAAUUGCCCUUCUGCACUCCCAAACCAGAGCAAAAAGCUCAGCAGCAGCAGCAGCAGCAGCAGCAGCAGCAGCAGCAGCAACAGCACAUGAAGCUGACUUGA